AUGGCCUAUAGAAUCGGCUGUCGCAUCCCACCACUGGACAAGGACCCAGACAACCUGAUGCUGCAGAUCUUGCACGCUGAGAAUCCCUUUCUGAGGAUGGGGGAGUCCAGGCUGUCUUUUCUGGACAGUUGCAGAGGCAGCUUUGCCCACUCUGUGGUGAAGAGCCGUGGUGACAAGCUGACGGCCUGUUUGAAGAUUCUGGUGGCCAGUGCCAAAGUUCAGAAAUUGGAAGCCAGGGAGCAGUUAGCUUUAAUUAUGAUUGCAACGUACCUUCGCUCUGUGCAAUUUGGUGAGUUCUUGGUGGAUGAGUUGUCGGCUCGUCGGCCCUUGGCUUUGCUUCCGCUCGUUCAAAAGUUCUUCGAAGUCACCCAUGGGGUUGCCCAGCGAAAAGCUUUCCUGCCGUUCCGAGUUAUUUCCAAAAGGGGGCAGAAGGUCCGGCCGAACCGUGCCCUGGCGAAGCUUCGGAUGGCUGAUGUUCUGGCCAUGGCUGGCCAAUUUUUGGAUGGCAGCCUCGACAUUAUGUUCGUGUGCCAGGGCAAAGCUGAUUGGAUUGUCGACGUGGAUAUGAAUGGAACGUACAGCAGGGUCUUUGGGCGAUGGUGCGGCCAAAGCCCUGCAGACGCUCUGGAAGCCGUCCAGGAGCAGUUGAAAGGUUUGCCAAAUCCCAAGCGCGUGAAGAUGCAAAUUCUCCAGGCUGAGGUCACAUCUGACGUUUGCGUCGUGAAUGCGUGCAAGUGCAUCCACGUCUUGAAGACUCCCGGUUUGCGCUUAUCGUUGAGAUUCAGCAAAUGGCUUCCUGUCAGUCAUGGGUUUCCCUAG